AUGACAACUGAUACUGCAGAAAUUCAAAGGAUCGUUAGUGGUGACUAUGAGAAACUGUAUGAAAAUGUCUGGGGAGUGAUGGCAGCUGCUACUAGCACAAUCUCUGAUGCCCUGCAUCCACCUGUUUGCAAAUGGUUCCUUUGCAGGAAAAUUUGUCAAAUUGUUCCAUUUUGGAUGGACCAUCUGUUUGAUCUAGAUACUACAUGCUCAGCACAGAGCCUGACAUAUAGCAGGUUCUGGGGUAUGGAAUCUAUUGCUAGUAGUAGUAGCGGUAGUCAUGUCGAGAGUACCUGCCAUAAUUAUGGAAGGUCCACGUCAAGCACCAACGGGAAGAAGAGGAAGAGUCCCUGUGAAUCUAGUAAUAAAGAAAGUGAUGAGACACAGGAGACACUGAACGGAGCUUUAGCCUCUGAACAAAGCUUGAAGAAGACCAAAAAAUCACAAUAUCCAACAAUAUUAGUUUACUACAGGAAGGGUAAGAAAAUAUGUUCAAAUCAAAUGGAGAAAGACCAGUCCCGACAGAAUUCCAUUGAUCCAAUCCAAGAGGAGGAGGAUGAAGACCUCGACUCAUAUGAAGGAUCUUCAAAGAAGGAUGAAGACCUCGACUCAUAUGAAGGAUAUUCAAAGAAGGAUGAAGACCUCGACUCAUGGGAAGGAUAUUCACAGGAGGAUGAAGACCUCGACUCAUAUGAAGGAUCUUCAAAGAAGGAUGAAGACCUCGACUCAUAUGAAGGAUAUUCAAAGAAGGAUGAAGACCUCGGCCCAUGGGAAGGAUCUUCACAGAAGGACGAAGACCUCGGCUCAUGGGAAGGAUACUCACAGGAGGAUGAAGACCUUGACUCAUAUGAAGGAUCUUCAAAGAAGGAUGAAGACCUCGACUCAUAUGAAGGAUCUUCAAAGAAGGAUGAAGACCUCGGCCCAUGGGAAGGAUCUUCACAGAAGGACAAAGACCUUGACUCAUGGGAAGGAUCUUCACAGGAGAACACAGACCGCGACACAUGGGAAGGAUCUUCACAGAGGGACGAAGACGUCGACCCAUUGGAAGGACCUUCACAGAGUACAAAGACCUCGACCCAUGUAAAAAGUCUUCACAGCAGGACGAAGACCUCAACUCAUGUGAACGCUCUUCACAGAAGAUGA